AUGUUACUGUUUUGUCCAACCUGUGGGAAUGUUUUAAUAGUCGAAGAAGGACAGAAGUGCAUGAGAUUCGCGUGUAACACUUGUCCCUACGUACACAACAUCACGAGAAAGGCGAGUUUCGCGUGUUUUGCCUUCCUGCAGGUGAAUUAUCGGAAAUACCCAAAGUUAAAAGAGGUGGAUGACGUGCUUGGUGGGGCAGCAGCAUGGGAAAACGUGGAUUCAACUCCAGAAAAAUGCCCCAAAUGUGAGCAUCCUCGAGCAUAUUUCAUGCAGAUCCAGACCAGAUCAGCCGAUGAGCCAAUGACGACUUUCUACAAAUGCUGCAACGCCCAGUGUGGACAUCGGUGGAGAGAUUAA